CCCAACCCAUCGGUCAGAAUGUUAUCCAAAUAUAACCUUCAACUUUCGUUCACAGCCCCUCCCCAACGUCGAAGCUCUCCCCCUCCUUCUAGCUUCUGAUACCCCUCGUCGCCGUCGCCUUCUCCGGCUAGACAUCUCCGAUCGGGUUUCGUUCAUGGAAUCCUCAUCCUAAUCACCGAACCAUUGCUGGAGCUCUCACUAUUUUGUUCUGCUACUGCUAUUAUCACAACCGGAGAUUCCCUGCAUCAAGAACUCCUUGGAAACAUCGGAAUCGCCGUCGUCGGAGAAGGGUGAAUUAUUCAUAAUUAUUAUCAGAAUGGGUUGGAGAUGGUGCUGUGUCAUGCUAGUUCUAUUACUGUUUGCUCCUUUCAUGGCUUCUUCACGAUCAAUUAUCAAGAACUUACCUGGCUUUUCUGGUGACCUCCCUUUCAAGCUUGAAACUGGAUACAUAGGAGUGGGAGAAGAAGAGGAUGUGCAACUAUUUUACUUAUUUGUGGAGUCACAAAGAAAUCCCUCUAAAGAUCCAAUCUUACUCUGGUUUGUUGGAGGCCCUGGUUGCUCUGCCCUUUCUGCAUUUCUUUUUGAAAAUGGACCAGUGACAUUUGACAGAGAAUCCAGUGGGAUUCUUCCAACACUUAUAUUAAACCCUUAUGCUUGGACGCAGGUACUCAAUGUCAUGUACAUAGAUUUACCAGUUGGCACAGGAUUUUCUUACUCACAAACACAAGAAGGCUACCACAGCAGUGAUAUAAUGUGGAUAGAGAAUGCAUAUGAUUUUCUGCAAAAGUGGUUUAUGGAUCAUCCUGAGUUUGGCUCAAAUUCAUUUUAUGUUGGCGGUGGUUCAUAUUCAACUUUGCCUGCUGUUCCUCUUGUUAAAAAACUAUAUGAAGGUUUCAGAGCAGGAGGCAGUCCACUCAUAAAUAUCAAGGGUCUUGUGCUUGCCAGCCCAUCAACUGAUGUGUUUCUGGAUAUGAACUCCCGAAUUGUUUAUGCACACCACCUGGGUCUUAUAUCAGAUGAGCUCUAUGAGUCAAUUAAAGCAAGUUGUAAUGGUGAUUAUGUCAACAUGAAUCCAAACAACACAAAGUGUGCCUCUGAUUAUGAAGCUUACUCUCAGCUGGUUCGUUACAUAAACAUAAAUCAAAUUUUGGAACCUGUUUGCAUAACUACUCCUAAUAACAAUGAAAGAGCUCUCUUGGAAGAUUCAUCUGAAGGGAUCCUCCAAUCAUUCUGGUGUCGUGGUUAUGAUCACAUACUUGUGAACCAAUGGGCAAAUAAUGAGGAUGUUAGGAAGGCUCUUCAGAUUAGAGAGGGAACUAAAGGGGAGUUCUUGAGAUGCAACAAGAGUUUAUCAUACAAAUUUCAUCUACAAAGUGUUGUUGAUUAUCAUCGCAAUUUCACUAAGACGAACCUUCAAUGUCUUGUAUACUGUGCUGAUCUUGACUUGGCAGUACCACAUAUUAGUACACAAGCUUGGAUUAAGUCUUUGAACAUGAAAAUUGAAGAUCCUUGGCGUGCAUGGUUUGUUGAUGGCCAGGUUGCAGGAUACACACAAAUCUACAAGAACCAUAACUACUUCUUGACAUAUGUUGCUGUGAAAGGUGCUGGUCAUGUAGCUCAAUCAUAUAAACCUAAAGAAGUUUUGCAAAUGAUAGACAGGUGGUUCUCAUAUUCCAUUAUUUAAGUAAGGGUCAAUUGGGCUUUUUUAUGAUCUCAAGUCCAAAAUGUCGAUCCAUGGGGCGGGUCAGGCCGAGCCCUGGGUUAGGAUGAUCUCUUAUUAUAUGAAUAAUUGAGAUUAAUUUUUAUAAGGUAUUUAUUUAUAAUUUUUAGAUCAUUUUUGUUGUAAUUUUUAAAAUUUUUAUGUAAUUUUAUAUGAUCAAGGUUACUAUUUGUUAACAAUAAAA